GUGGGAGAAUUAACACUGGAACACACAGUCUUAAAGCUGCUUCUGCUUCGACUGCCUCUAAAAUCCCAGGAACUUAGAGAGUGCUAGCUGCAGGGGACUCCAGGCAAUGCAGUUUUUAGUCUUCCAGACUCUCCUGUAUGGGAAGACCCUCCGGAAGGAUGUAGCCAGCCAGUCAGCCCCACCCACCACCGGCCGGUCCCAGGAUCCCUGGAGGAGAAAUGACUUCCUUUCCAUGUUCCAUGAAGUGACUUUGUCACAAGCAACUCUUGCCAGCCCUCCUCCCCAUCUCCAAUGCCCCCAGGGCUCACAGGACCAAGGUCCCCCAUGGCCUGUCUAUCCCUGGUGUACCAGGCGCCAUCACUGUGUGAACUUGUAUUUGAGCGUGGUGUGUAUGGGGGACUUGUCCUCGCUGUGUCAGUUCUCCAGGAAGUACACAGCGAGAUGGGUCAGUUGGGGUGUAUUUCUACGGAUAAUGAAGAUGAAAACAAUGAGUCUUCGUACGUCAGCCAGGAUCUGCCCCACCGGACUCGUGGGACACGUUGCAGCCUCUGCCUCCAUUCCCGAUCCAGGUGGACAGGCCCAAUUCUACCUCCAGGAGCAUCUGACUUCUAAUCUAUUCAUGGGUUCAUUAAGACCCUGGUUGAGCACGUGUGUGUCAAGCCCUGCACGAGACACUGGACGUGGUCAUGGAAAGAGCCCACCAACCCUGUUAUGUGGCCCAGAAGACCAGCCUCUUCCCCUGUCAUCUUCUGAGAUCUCUGCUUUUCGCUGGGCUUGGUCCGUAGCAGGGUGGAGAGAGGCUGAGCUUUCCUGCCUGUGCACUCUCUCAGAGACAUUCGCUCCCCCUCUGGAGCCUCUGGUUCUGUCGGCAGCCCCUCUCCACAGCCAGAGCCCUGAGUUCUGGUAAGUGUCCCCGUCUCCCGGUCCCCAACAGGCUUAGAGGUGAUAAGGGCCUCUGCUUGUCGCUUAUCUCCGGGGUUUUGCUACAGGUUGUUGGUCUCCUUAAUCCUGUCCUGGCUUUUCUAGAUAGUCUGUCAACUUAAGUAUUUUCGGCGACCCCUUUGAGUGCAUCAUCUCUUUCCCUGGGACCCUGACUAAUGCGAGCAUGGCAAUCCCUCCUAUGGCUACUGCUUUGCAGAUUGUCCAUAAAUUCUGACCAAAACAAUAAAUAAAUUUGAUCCAAAGACAAAAACACUGAAGCAACGAAAUACGCUUAGGAGAAAGUAAAACUACAGGCCAGGAGUAGUAGCUCAUGCCUGUAAUCCUAGCACUCUGGGAGACCCAGAUGGGAGGAUCACUUGAGGUCAGGAGUUCGA